AACACAUGGCACGUAUCGCUGCCUCAAAUUCGUAUUAAAAAACCGCAAAAUUCCCCCAAAAAUGUCCGAUUCCGACAGUGACUCAUCUCCCGAGAUGUCUGGCAACGAAUCCGCCGCCUCCGUCGAGAAGGAAGAAAAACCAAAACGCAAACGCCUCGCCGACUAUUUGGCAGAAAAAGCUGCUCGUCUCGCCAAAGAGGCCGAAGAAGAAGACGACACGGACCCGGAUGAGGAAAAAGUCCUGCUGCCCGCCAUCAAUCCCGUGAAUUUUGUCAAAAACAAAGAUGUGCGUCGCCAAAAGUUCAAACGGCUCCAAGUGGCGAAGAAAAAAGCGGAAAAAGCCGAACGAAAGUUACGAAAACAAGAACCGGGACCCAAAAGUCGGGGGCAUACGAUCGAAAGUCUCCGCGAAACGGACCAAACAACCGUCAACGACAUGGAAACGGAAGAAAUGGAGGAACUCCAAAAGGAUCUAGAGACCGAUGAGUUUAGUGAAUAUUUCGCCAAAACGUAUGAACCGAAAGUUCUCAUCACGUACAGCGACAAUCCGCAUACAAAAACGCGGAAAUUCGGCAAGGAAUUGAACCGGAUCAUCCCGAAUAGCUUGGCAAAGGUGCGAAAUCGGUCGUCGUUGAAGAAAAUCUGCAAAAGUGCCAUUCGGGAGGAAUACACGGAUGUUAUUGUCAUCAAUGAGAGCAGAACGCAACCCGAUGGAUUAAUUGUAGUGCAUCUCCCGGAUGGCCCGACGGCACAUUUUAAGCUCAGUAACGUCAAAUUGACGAAGGAACUGCGAAAAAGUCACAAAGACAUCAACAGUCAUCGACCCGAAGUGGUUUUGAAUAAUUUUGGAACGCGACUCGGAUUGCGAAUUGGUCGCAUGUUGGGCGCUCUUUUCCAUCAUGACCCGCAAUUCAGGGGGCGACGCGUUGCUACGUUCCACAAUCAACGUGAUUACAUCUUUUUCCGUCAUCAUCGCUACGAGUUUGGAAAAAAUGGUGAAAGAGUUAAAUUAGCAGAAUUAGGCCCACGAUUCACCUUAAAGCUUCGUUCGUUGCAAUCGGGACUUUUUGACACAAAAACCGGCGAUUACGAAUGGAUGAUUACCAAUAAGCGACAUCAAAUGGAAGGACGUCGAAGAUUUUUCCUCUGAAAAAAUUUCAAUUUUUUUCCUCUUAUAUUAUUUUUUCCUCUGAUUUAUAUAAAAUAAAGUUAAAAAUUCCAACUUUGGCCCCGUUCGUCGCUCACAUAACCGAA